UUUGUUCCACCUGGUGGGUUCUGGCACUCCACACCAACACUUGCCUCCGCGUCCUGGAUAAACGGCGACUCACUGAGCCAUUCUCACUCAUUCUGUCAGUCAAGCGUUGCAACGCAGUUCAAGACGGACGGAAUUCCGUUGUCGCCCUCAGACUACAUCGGCGGAUUUGCAGCUGUCAUAGCUGGACUUCGUACGCACUGAACGGUAAAUCGUUCCAUCUCGUCGAGGAUGUUGAGACUCUCGCCCAAGACGACCAGAUUCCUCGGUGGCUUCGCAACUGCAGCUGCUAUCUUCGCCAUCUCUUACGGCUACUAUGGCUACAGGAACAAUGCCCGGCCCUACGUGAAGACACAAGACGUUACCGUUGCGGAACCGCCAGCUGCCUCUUACGACGAACUGGUGGGCCAACCAAUGGAGAGUCCAAAGCUGAUCGAUUAUAUUCGUAGAAAAUUGCUCGACCCGCCUUCCAAGGGACCGUACAACCUGACAGAACCGAACAAGAAGCAUUUCUCUCAGUACAACCAAGGACAGCUCAUCGAUAAACUGAUCGUGAAAGGAGAGAGAAACGGCUUCUUUCUCGAGGUUGGGGCCGUGGAUGGAGAGACCUUCAGCAAUUCUCUCUACUUCGAGAGGGAGCUGGGAUGGACGGGAUUGCUGAUAGAACCCAACCCGGCGACGUACAAACUCCUACUAGACAAGGGAAGGAAAGCGCACACAAUUAACUGCGCCCUUUCGCUUGACCAAAGAGCAUCCAAGAUGGAGAUGACGAUCAAUGGACCGAGCGGAAUGCUAAGUAAAAUAAAGACUGGAAAUGGCACCGGUGCCACCAGUCCCAACACUGUCUUUAUCAACACCAUUCCGCUGUUCUCGAUCCUGCUGGCUCUCAACGUCUCCGUCAUCGACUACAUGUCCCUAGAUAUCGAAGGAUCCGAGAUGAAGGUACUGAAGACGAUACCUUGGGACAGACUGACGAUCCGCGUGAUGGACGUGGAGGUGGACAAGUUCAAACCCCCAGAGGACAAGAACUACUUCAUCCGAUACAUGGAGGGGAGGGGCUACAAGUACCUAGGCACCAGGACCAUCGACGCCUUCUUCGUGUCCUCCGCAGUGUGGGACAGUGUCCUCAAGGGAGUCAAUCCUUUGCAAUAGCGCCCACUUCACGAUAGCACCUAUACUAUGUCCUCUGGGACAAAGUCCCUCAAGGAGGCUCUCAGCUUAUAUUUGAAGGACGUUGCUUCAGGACAGCGCAGACAUUACGACAGCACCUAUACUUCGAGAUAGAGCCGAUUUCACAAUAGCGCCGACUUCAGGAAAUCCUCAAUUUCAAGAUAGCACUGACAGACAGCACCUAUACUUCAGGACAGCGCCGACAUUACGACAGCACCUAUACUUGGAGAUAGAGCCGAUUUCCCAAAUAGCGCCGACUUCAGGAAAUCCCCAAUUUCAAGAUAGCGCCGACAGACAGCACCUACCUAUACUACACGAUAGAGUCGAUUUCACAAUAGCGCAGAUUUCAGGAAAACCUCUAUUUCAAGAUAGUGCCGACAGACAGCACCUACCUCAAGAUAGAACCGAUUUCACAAUAGCGCCGACUUCAGGAAAGACCCGAUUUCAAGAUAGCACCGACAUUACGACGGCACCUACUUCAAGAUUGAGCCGAUUUCACAAUAGCACCGACUUCAGGAAAGCCCCGAUUUCACGAUAGCGCCGACAGAAAGCAACUAUGCUUCAAGACAGAGCCGAUUUCACAAUAGCGCCGAUUUCAGGAAAACCCCGAUUUCGAGAUAGCGCUGACUUUACGCCAGCUACUACUUCAGGAUAGAGCCGGUUUCAUGAUAACGCCGACGUUAUACGAUAGCACCUACUAGACCAAGACCUUUGGCACCUAUACUUCAGGAUAGCGCCGACUUUACCAUGGCGCCUGCUUCAGGAUAGCACGAAUUUUUCUGUUUUGUUCGUUUUUCUAUUUUGCAGUUUGCACCUGUUUGUCUUAUUUUAAUAAAUAUUGAAACGAG